GUGGACCAGGGUUCCCUUUCAAGAGAGCUCUGUUCCCAAGAUCAAUUGUGGCGCUACGGGAGGCCUUCAGGUUGUCACGCCAGAUGUACGAAUCUGAUUGAUAGAGGUGCAUUUUAAUGUAGAGAGGGCGCUUCUUUGACAGGGUUUGGAAGAGGCGGGGGCUGACCUCUUCUGCUUUGAAUCUCUGAGAGUCUGGUGGUUGAGCUCUAUUGAGCAAUCUUUGCAGCAUGGACCCUACGCCACAGCGGAUAUCAGAAUGGAGUACAGAUGGCAAGGACGAAGCACCAGCCCCUAUCAUGUCCAGAAUGUUCUCAGGCAACUCGCAGAAGCAGAGUUACCAGAAGCUAUCCAGUCCCCAUGUCAGAGAUGCGGAGCCGUCAGCAGAUUUGAGCCAAGUGCAGCCAUCAAACACAAGGCAGCCAGACUUCCGCUUGUCAAUUCCACCAGGCUCGCCAAGAGUGAUGGGAAGUGUAGAGCUGCCAAAAUCUGGCCCUUUGUCAGGUGCCCCAAGGGCCAACUCUACCGCCGGGUCGCCACGAACUUUCUCAGUGACUGUCGACGAAGACAGCAGCAGCAAUGGGGAGGCAACGGCAGGACCGCGCGGUCCCAACCUACGGUUCCGAAGCGCCGCACAUGCUGUCAGGCUGACUCGCAUAUACACCAGAUCUCGUUUGCAGGAGAACGACACAAUCCUUCCCACCCCCAAAGCUACGUCCAGCAACCCAGCGACCCCGCGCUUUGUGCAACGUUCCACUCCAAGUCGAUCAGGACCGCUGGAAAAGUCGCCCAAGUCUACAGUACCAAAGUCUGGACCGAUAUCCCCUCAGGAAAACGACCCUUUCCAGGAUGACGAGAUUCUCCCCGAAGAGACGAAACCAGACAAGCGCCUGUCCUGUUUCAUGUUCAUUCAACUGCUGGUCACAGUUCUCCUCUUGGCGGGGGUCAUCGUUACUGCCGUUGUGAACCCCCCCAGGAAGGACAAAUGGCUCGACCUGGAAAUAUGGAAGUGGCUCCUGCUGGCCUUCGUGCUCCUCUCCGGUCGCUACAUUGCGUCGUGGCUCGUGAAGCUGCUGGUGCGCGUCAUCGAGCGCAACUUCCUGCUCAAGAACCGCGUCCUCUACUUCGUCUACGGCCUGCGCAAGAGCGUCGCCAACUGCCUCUGGCUCGCGCAGGUGCUGUUAGUCUGGUUCAUCUUCUACGACCCCAAGACCGCCUCCGCUCGCAAGCUCAACAUCAUCUCCAAGAUCCUAAUCUGCCUUCAGAUCACGAGCGCACUAGCGGUCCUCAAGGUCCUCCUCGUAAAAGUCGCGGCCAACGGCUUCCACCGCCGCGCCUACUUCGACCGCAUACAAGAGGCCCUGUUUCGGCAGUUCUUGCUCGAACAGCUCUCGCAACCCAGCUCGAUCGUUCCCGCCACAGACCAACACGAGGCCCCGCCGGAGGUCACGGUUCCGAAAGGCGGGCUCAAGCGCACGUUCGGCUCAGAAGCCGGCGGUGCCUGA